AAACGACAGGCAUAGGACGCGCAAAACAUUGUUGACUUGUUCUCUUCUUCCCCCUCUCUCCCUCCCUUUUCUAUUUUCUUCUAGUUCAAGUUCAAGAGAGAGAAAGGAAGAGGAGGAAGAAAAAAAACAGAGAUGUCGUGGCUAAGGACCGCGGUGAACAGGGCGGUGGAGGUUGGAGGAAACAACAACAUCACUCGCACCGUCCGGAACUACGCAGACUCCGUUGUCGUUCAUGCUGGCAAUGCCGUGACCGAGGGCGCCAAGAUCAUCCAGGACCGCAUUGGAGCUCGUAAUCUGCAGAGCUUUCGGCUUACAGUCAAGAGAUUGGAGGAUCUCUCAGUGUCCUGUCGAGGGACAGAGAGACUUCAGUUACUCAGAAGGUGGUUGGUUGCGCUUAAGGAAGUUGAUAGACUUUCUCCUGGUUCUCCUGAAGAAUACUACAUUUCCGGCGACUCCAAAGAUUCUCCUCGAAAACCCACUUUGGUUUAUUAUAUUGACCCUGACAUCAGAGGAGAACCAAUGAAUUUUCGCGAUGUUUUCCUUCAUAGUCAAGCUCUAGAAGGCAUGGCAUUGUCGCUGAUUCUUGAAGCACCAAAUGACGAAGAAAUUUUAUUACUUCAGGAGAUAUUUGGGCUCUGUCUUUCAGGAGAUAAGGAGGUUCAUAUUGCAGUAAUAAGCAGUAUACAGGAUAUGGCCACAGCAUUCUCAAACUACGAGGAUGAAGUACUGGCAAAACGUGAAGAGUUGCUUCAAUAUGCUCAAGUUGCGAUUGCAGGGCUGAAAAUCAAUGCUGAUCUUGGAAGAAUAGAUGCUGAAGCCUGCAGUUUAAUGGAAAAAGUUAGCAAAAUGAAGGCUCAUCAGCAGCAUUCAAAUGAGGUUCAAGAGAACUCAUCUGUCGGAAAUGUGGAAAUUGAGGAUCUAAAAGAUGCACUUGGGCAAAUUAAACUAUAUUCCAAAUUGGAGGCACUAUUACUAAAGAAAAAAUAUUUGAGUAAUGGGGAUUCUCCCAAGCUUCACGCUCAAAAGGCUGAUAAAUUGAAAGUUCUAUCCGAGUCUCUUGUUAAUUUGGCUUUAAAAGCUGAAGAGCGUGUCUUAGACCACAGACAUCAGAAAGAAGAGGCUCUCAACUAUCGUGUGGCAAAAGCAAAUGAAGUUUGUGAACUUGAGAAGGAAUUCUCAGGUGAGAUUAAAGAACUUGAGAAGCAAAAAGAUGACCUCGAAGCUGAAUUAAAAAAGGUCAAUACCUCAUUGACUGCUGCUCGUGCACGCCUUCGCAAUGCCAGGGAAGAACGGGAUCAAUUCGAUGAAGCAAGUAAUCAGAUUCUUAUGCAUUUGAAAAUGAAGGAAGACGAACUGUCAAGAUCAGUUGCUUCGUAUAAAAUAGAAUCUGAUGUUGUCACUAGGUGCAUUAAUUUCUUGGAAGAUACCCGGGUUUUCCAGACCACGUAUUCUGAGCAAAAAGAGAAGCAGGUCAAGGGUGAAUUGGAGAGAUAUGGAGAUCAUUUUGUGCAUCUGGUUAUGCAUUUUCUCUCUGGUUACAAGGAAGAGUUGGCUCCUUUUGUUGCUCGUGUUAGGAAACUUGUGGAGAACUUGUGUUCAAGUCAAGGGUCAGGAGUAGCAGAGAGCAUAGAUGAAACUUCAAAAUCAAUAAACCCAAGAAAAAAUCUUGAACAGGAAUACCUAGAUAUCGAAGCCAAGUUCGUGACCACACUAAGCAUAGUGGAUGCCAUGAAAAAACAUUUUUAUGCUGAAAAUGAAGGCGUUUACAGGAAAGAUGAUGAUAAGGUUAGAGGGCUAUUUGAUGCUUUGGAAAAGAUAAAAGAAGAAUUCGAAUCCAUUGAUAGACCAACCUUGGAAGUUGAAACUCCGACGAACAAAUCAAAUUCGACACGGAGCAACGAGCCUCAUUUAAGUCUUUCUCCUACCUCAAAACAGAGCCCAGGAGGAACUCCAGACAGCCGAGAUGGUGCAAAAUGGAAGCAUACCUCAGGUAAGUUAGGGAAGGUUGUGGACAUCCAGGGAGAAAUGGAAAAGCUAGCAUCAGAUUUGGAAAAAGACGGCAGAGAUUCAACGGAAGAGAUUGGUGAAUGGGAGUUUGAUGAACUCGCGGAGCCGAAGACCACCAUCUGAAGAGCAAAGGCAAUACAGUUUAUUCAGUUUGUGGAUUUUAGGCAUGGUAACUGAAAAAGGCAGGUACUUGGUGAUAUUCCAGACUGAAAAACGUUGGAAAAUGGAAAUUCUAUUGUGUGAAGUCUAAAUGCACUCAUAUUUUUACUCUAUACACCCCCUCAACUUUUUUUCUCUAUA